AUGUGGGUGCCCAAUUUGCCGGUGACUGUCCUCACCGGGCUCGCAGCAGGCGCGGGCGUCCUCUGUAUAUUUAAGGACGUGUACGGUGGGCCUGCUUUCGAUAAAAAAGUACUAGCUAAUGGCAAGACGGUGAUAGUGACGGGCGCCACCAGUGGCAUCGGCAGUAAAGCUGCUUUUGACUUUGCUAAACGUGGGGCCAAGGUGUUCAUGGCGUGCCGUGACAUGAAGAAGUGCGAGGAGGUCCGCCGGGAGAUAGUGUUGGACACUGGCAACAAGUACGUGUACUGUCGGCCGUGUGACCUCGCUAGUACUGCCUCCAUACGAGCCUUCGUAGAAAGGUUCAAGAAAGAGGAGCCAUACGUAGACGUGCUGGUGAACAACGCGGGGGUGAUGGAGGCGCCGACCAGGGUCACACUGGACGGAUUUGAGACACACUUAGGAGUCAACCACAUGGGACACUUCCUACUCACCAACCUACUACUAGAUACACUUAAGAAAUCGGCCCCAAGCCGCGUCAUACUGGUGACGUGCAGCGCACACAGUAAGGGUCAGAUUCAUAAAGAGGAUCUCAACAUGAGCGCCAAGUACGACCCCGCGGCCGCCUACAACCAGAGCAAACUGGCUAACGUGCUGUUCGCGAGAGAACUCGGGAGGCGGAUGCUAAACACGGGCGUGUCGGUGAUAGCCGUGGACCCGGGCUUCACGGACACGGAGCUCACUCGCAACAUGGCCAUGAUGAAGAGCAUCACGAGGUUCCUGCUGUACCCGCUGUUCUGGCCCGUCAUGAAGCGAGCCAUGACCGGCGCACAGGUCAUCCUGCACGCGGCCCUCGACCCCGCGCUGGAGGGCGCCGCGGGGGACUACUAUGUGGACAUGAAAAAGACAAACCCAUCAGAAUUAGCCCAGAACUACGAGCUGGCGAUGUGGAUGUGGAAGGUCAGUCAUAAGUGGACCAAGCUCGACGAACACUUGGCGGCGCUAGCGGCGACUUAG